UGAUUUAUUAAUGAAGGCUCUGCUGCACUUGACAGCUGAAGAAACUCAACCAAGAUCACUGGAAACUCAUUCACAUUGCUUCACUGCCUUAAACCAUUUCGUGUUUGGUACUCGUUCUACGGACCAACUUAUCCCUCGACAUUUUUAUCAUUACAUACCUUGUACUACGAGCGAGAUGUCAGCCCCAAAGACAAUCGCUUUUUUUGGCGCCACAAUUGGCUGCGGACUUGCAACAUUGAGCAACGCCCUUGAUGCUGAUACCCGUUGUAUUGCCCUCUGCCGCACACCGAGCAAGCUCGAAGGGCUCUUUUCAGACGACAAAACAUCCCGUCUGACAAUAAUCGAAGGGAAUGUGCAUGACGUCGAUGCGGUCAAAAAAUGCCUCACAGUCGAUGGCACUCACCUAGUCGACACAAUUAUCUUUUCCAUCGGUAGCCGAUCGAUGAACUACAAGCUUGAGCUAGAUGAUCCAAGCAUUUGCAGAAGGGCUAUUGCUACGGUGUUGGAGGCCCUGAACCAGCUACGACGACAAGGCCUAACCGGCCGCCCCAGACUGAUCGCCCUUAGCACUACGGGAAUCUCUCAGUUUGGGUCUGAUACCCCUUACAUUGUGGGGCUCCUGUAUUAUUAUCUUCUUUAUUCACCCCAUGAAGAUAAAAAGGCGAUGGAGCAGCUUAUUACAGGAAGUGACGAGGACUUUACCAUUGUGCGGUCGUCCUGGAUGUUGGACGGCGCGACAAACAAGGCGAUCCGAGUCGGCGUGGAAGACCCUAAGCAUGGUCGUGAAUCCGACGCGAUUGGCUAUUCAAUCACGCGAGAAGAUGUUGGAAAGUGGAUCUUUGAGAACCUCGUCCAAAAUGACAACGGCGUGUAUGUAAGGAAGAUUGCUACGAUAACACACUAGAUGUCGGAGGCAUAGGAGCGUCCUCGCAAUCCAAAUGCGAGGUUUGAACUACGCUUUGAUGAAAGGAGCAGAAUUUCUUUUUUUGAUGAUUAUUCAAGUAGAGAUAGAUAUAGUUUUCAAUAUUACUUACCAACAUUAUGAAUACCGAGAC